UUAGUCGAUUUUUACAAAAUAAUGAUUGAAGUGGCAAGUGCACGAGUACAACCGUCAACAAAUUAGUUUAAGUCAAUGUCAAAUAAGUGACAAGUUCGAUUCCAUCAUCAAUCCAUGCAUGCAUGAUCCAUCAUCCAUUUCAUUUUCAAUUCAUUCAUCUGCCGCCGUAAUCUGCCUGCCAUUGGCCAUACAACAUAUCUACCAGUUUGUUUCAUCAAAGCGUAUUUAUACAAGUUGAUGCAUUUCAUGGAAUGUAAAUGCUGCUAGCUUACCGUUGAACCAACAAAUAUUGUAAUACUGUGCUUAUAAUAAUAUAAUUCAACGGUACACCAUGUAUCGGAAAUCGGUGUAAAAAUUUGAAGGUUAACCUAUGCUGAAAAAUAGCAAAAUACUUUAUUCACUAGUCAACAGAUAACAUCACUAUGUCUCAGUCGAAUAUGAAGUUUCGCAGUUUAUUUAAGCUGUACCUAGAUACUUUACAACGAAGACCAUACUUGGUACAAGCGGUGCAAACUGGAGUCCUCAUGGGUUCCGGUGAUUUAAUAAGUCAAACUUUCAUUGAACGUAAGCACAUCGCAAAGGUCGACGUCACAAGAACUUUAAAAUUUUCUUCAAUAGGCUUUUUUGUUGGUGGACCGGCAUUGCGACUUUGGUAUGGAGCAUUAUACAAGUAUAUAGGUUCCAGUGGCAAAACAGUUGCUUUGAAGAAAGUAUUUAUUGACCAAAUUAUGUUUGCACCUUUAUUCUUAUGUGGAAUUCUGAGUGCAGUAGCAGCCUUGCAGGGCAAGGAUUGGACUAACAUUAAAAGUGAUUUGGAAAACAAUUACAUAGAUGUCUUAAAGACUAAUUACUGUCUCUGGCCAUGGGUUCAGAUAGUAAAUUUUUAUUAUAUUCCUCUCCAAUACCAAGUUUUACUAGUUCAAGUAGUUGCAUUAUUCUGGAACACAUAUUUGUCUUGGAAAACAAACAAGAAUUCCGAAAAUAUAGCAAUACAAAAAUGAAUACAUAUACAUAGUUUAGUAUUAUAGCACUAGCAUAUGGGUUAAAUUGUAAAAUACUUAAAAAAUAGUAAAAUAAAUGUAUUAAUGUUUAAUAGUGUCUCACUCAGUACCAUCACAAAUAACUCAAAGGAAGUUUCACAUUGAACUGUUAC